GAAUGCCUCGUUGAACAGGAAAGUUGGUUAGAAGAAAAUUCUACCAGACAACCUGUCAAAGAAGAGGACCUCUCAAGCUCUAAGAGUUUGCGGCGUAGCAAGCGUCAGAGAGUUUCCCAAUUGGUUGGCAGCUGUAAAGCAACACCAUCAAGGAAAAAAAACCAACUGAGGCAGGAACUUGCAGAUGCACAUACAAAGAUACAGAAGGCUACGGAAAUGAUGCAGCAAAGAGAUAAGGAACUUGAAGUACUUCGUUUAAAGCUUUCCCACCAAGAGGAGACUGUGAAGCUGCUUAAAAGAGAGUUAGAGAAGGCAGAGUUACAAAACGACCUGGUGCAGAGAAACUAUGAGCGGUCACAAAGUGAGAAUGAGAAACAAAAAAGUGAAAUAUUGGUCUUGCAAGAGGAGAUUAAGCAGAUAAAGAGAAAACAACUUGAUGACAAUUAUUCAAGGCAGCAGAAAAUCAGGAAACUACAGAAAGUUGCUAAUGAACUGCACAGCUUACAUAUAGUGACUGCCAAG